UUGGCUGUGCAAAGGACUCGCACUCUGAGACUCUGGUUGUAUCGAAAAAACCCAACCAAACGCGAAGUGUUUGUUGUUACCCUGAAAUUUGAUUUUACAUCUCUUCUCUCACUCCUCACAUCACCUUCCUCGUUCGUAUCGUUUUAUAUAAAACGCUCUGUAAUCUCAUCAUUUCUUUGACUUACACUCUCUGUCUAUCGAAUCCUCGUCUCCCUCCAUGGCUUCCUGUAGCCUAGGAGUUCCGAAGAUUAAAAUCUCAGCGGUAGACGUGAGGAGAGUAAGAUCUGGAACCUUACAGAUUCCAUACAGUCAGAGAUCAUUGUUUGUUCAAAGGCAGGUUAAGUACUUGAGUCUGAGGACAAGUGUUGGAUCUUUGAAAGCUCUCCAAGUGUCUACUGUCACAGCUGCGGAAACAGCAGCUAGUGCAGAAGUAGAAGAUGCUGAAAAGACCAAGUCAUCUCCGUUGAACGCUCAGCUCGUUCCCAAGCCCUCUGAGGUGGAAGCUCUUGUCACUGAGAUAUGUGAUUCCUCAUCAAUUGCAGAGUUUGAACUGAAACUAGGGGGUUUCCGCCUAUAUGUAGCAAGGAACUUAGCUGACAACAACAUUAGUCCACCACAACCUCAGCCAAUUCCUGCAGCUAAUGAAACUGCUGGUUCGAAUGGAUCAGCUUCCUCUACUUCAUUAGCUAUCACAAAACCAGCAUCUUCAGCUGCUGAUCAGGGUUUGAUUAUUCUCCAAUCUCCAAAAGUAGGAUUCUUCAGGAGAUCCAAAACCAUAAAGGGUAAACGCACUCCUUCCUCCUGUAAAGAGAAAGACCAAGUGAAAGAAGGUCAAGUUCUGUGCUACAUUGAACAGCUCGGUGGCCUGUUCCCUAUCGAGUCUGAUGUUACGGGCGAGGUUGUCAAGAUACUCCGAGAGGAUGGAGAGCCUGUAGGAUACAAUGAUGCUCUCAUCUCGAUCCUUCCUUCCUUCCCUGGGAUCAAGAAGCUUCAGUAGUACUAGAACCAGACUUGAGCUGGUUUUGAGUUGUGAAACUAUGUCUUGUGUAUGCUUUUAGAACAAAAAAAACUUCAUUCAUAUCUCUCUGUGUUUCUGUUUGUCUUUUACUUGUCUGAAAGUUUUUCUUCAAGACAUUGUUUUAUUCUGUUGUUUACUUAUAUGAAAAACAUUCUGAUACUUUUUUCUCUUAAUACAUAGACUAUUAUACAAACAUACAAUCCCAAGAUUUCAAAGAUCUUUUUGGGUUAAAAACGAUAUAGGUGAUGAUUUCUACUAGUUAAAAUUAUGGGCAUUGCUGUCACUGGCAGUUGAUUCCAACCGUUUGGAGGAGCUGCUUUCUGAACUUUUGUAUAAAUUCCUCCGCACUUUCGUUGAUGUCACGUUCUUUCACUGACCUCUUCCUUGCCGGAUUAUUCUCCACCAUCCCCGCUCUCUUUGGAUGUUCUCCACCAUUCUUCGGCUCGUAGGUUGAUGAUACGUAUGAA